UAAUAUUAGGGAAAUUAGGUUAGGAACCGGCCAAUUAAAAGACAGUGGGAAAAGAAGGGAAAGAUGCCGUUUCUCUCUGUGAAAAAAAGUGAGUUAGAGAAAGAGAGAGAGAAGAAAAAGAGAGGAGAGAGAGUUAUCUCCAGAGCAAGGCAGGCGCACCUCUCAAUUCUCUCAACAAGAUAGAUCUUGUUGGGGCGGACAUGAAUCACAAUUUGACUGAUCUUGCUGAGGGGGUGUUGUGAAACGACAGAGAACAGCUUCCUCCCACAUCUGGAUAAAACACCUUCCGAGAUACGAAACAAGGAAAGUUUGGAGUCCUCAGCCAACCGUCACCAAGGAGGACGAAAGCACAAGAGAGCUGAGAGAGAGCAUGGCUUCCUUGUCAUCGAACCACAGUCUUCCCUCAUCCCACAACAACACGAUGGCGGAGCUGAGCCCGGUGAGCAACGACAUCUCGACGGCCGUGGGCGCUCUGAUCCUGGGCAUCGUUUUCCUGCUCGGCGUUCCCGGGAACCUCUUUGUGGCCUGGAGCAUCAUGGCGCGCACCCGCCAUCGCUCGGUCACCACCCUGCUCAUCUUCAACCUGGCGUGCGCCGACGGCUUCCUCAUGGCGCUCACCGUCUUCUUCGUCAUCUACCUGGCCAAGCAGACGUGGGUCUUCGGCCGGGUCAUGUGCAAGAUACUCUUCUACCUGUGCAACGUCAACAUGUACGCCUCCAUCUUCCUCAUCACGCUGAUGAGCCUGCACCGGCUGGUGGCGGUGGUCUGGCCGCUCAAGCUGUCGUCGGUGGCCUGCAGGAAGAUCGUGACCAGGCUGAUCGCGGGCAUGUGGGCGUCGGUGAUACUGAUCGCCCUCCCUUCCCUGAUUUUCCGCGAAGUGAUCAAGAAGCACGACGACGACCGGGACACCAUCCUGGUGUGCACGCCGAAACACGACCUGCCGCGAGAAGUGAUGUUCCAGUAUUCCUUUGAGACAGUGGUCGGUUUCAUAAUUCCUUAUGCCGUCAUUAUGACCAGCUACAUAAAGAUUGUGAGACGCCUGAAGCAGACCAAGUUUCGUCGCACGGUGCGCAGCGAGAAGCUGAUCAUGGGGAUUGUGGUGACCUUCGGCUUGUUGUGGCUGCCCUAUCAUGUCAUCAACAUGGUACAGGUUUCAGCUGAGUGGUUUGAUGAAAAGUCGAAGGUGCGAGCAAAAUUGCUCCUGAUAUCGAAGACGAGUCGUGCCGUGACCUCUGCCCUGGCCUUCAUCAGUAGUUGUGCCAACCCAGUCCUUUACACGUUCGCUGGGAAGGCCUACAUCAAGAAAAACGGUUUCUCCUUCAUGGCUCGACUGUUUGAGGGCACAUCGAUGGAUCAGACCCCGAACAAAAUCGCUCAACCAAGUCAACUGAACUAUAAAUGACGGAAAGAUAUGGCUAGUAUAAGCCUGGUUUGAUCUUAUAUAUAAACGUAUAACUGUAAAUAAAAGAAUUGUCAAGCUGUAAAUAUGUUGAUGUAAGAGUAGACAAGUUUACCAGAGGGCAUUGUACAUUUGUGCUGUAAAUAUAGUUAAGGACAUACAUAUUCAAGUUAUGGCUGGAGAUAUCCAGCGAUUGAGUAAAUAAUGAGUAGCAUUGAAUGCCCCAUCUAGAGAACUUCAUUUCGUGCAGUUUGAUUUUUUUUGCCGGUUUCUUUUGGCAUUGUCCUCCACAUGACAUGUAAAGGACCUCAUAGGUAACCCAGCAUUAAAGGUUAUCGCAGCUCUACAUUGCAUGCUGAAUUUCACAGUCCAAGGUCAUCCUUAACCGUAUGAUUUUAAUCAAAACCCUUUCCAAAGUAUGCCAUUACACCUCUUGAAGCAUGAAAUGAGUCAAGUUACUGUGAAAGACGAGUGCGGACGUCUUUGAUAACACGUUUCUAUUAAAAGCCAUAUUCAGAGGAACAAAUCCAUUUGGGACAAAAAUGUAAUUAUAUAAACUUUAUUAAUACAGAGCAGUACAGUUGGGAAUCGCAGAAAUACAAGUCAAUAAAUUAAAUAGGGCAUAUAGCCUACACAAUAUCUAGAAUUUAUGGGCAGAAGUUACGAGCAGGCUGAUAUAACUUUAUAUAUCGGAGGUAACGAUCUUGAGUCACCAAGAACGCUUGAUUAUUUUUUAUAUUCUAUACCAGUUCUGUUCACUCAAUUUGAUGGCACAUGCAGGACCCUGUCGACUGUCUCCUUCCAGCAAGUACACCUACCUAGAGUAAAGCAAGGACACGUGAGUUAAUGGCAAAUACUCAACCGACUUUCGCACCAACAUAAGCACCUUUGAAUCUCAGAGCACAUAGUUCAAAUCAUA